GGGGGCGUGCUCUGCUGACAGGGUUAACCCUUAGUGUGGAAGCCGGCCCGGUGGCUGCUCACUGCCUGGGAGGCCGCCCUGUGCUGCUGCCGCUGAGCUGUGGAUGAGCAUCUUCUUCACACGGAUCCGGGAGACUUCCCGCUGAGGAGACAAAGGUGUCUGUUGUGACACGUGGACCGUACGCAUACAAGUCCAAGAAAAUUGGUCUUCAGCUAAAAAUGGUCAUUGAUGUAUAAUGGAAGCUCCGGAGUACCUCGAUUUAGAUGAGAUUGAUUUCAGCGAUGAUAUAUCUUAUUCCAUAACUUCCCUGAAGACAAUUCCAGAACUAUGCCGAAGAUGUGAUGUCCAGAACGAUGAUAGAUCAGUGCCCAACGCAAACUGGAGCUGCGGAGUUUCUACUCUUAUUGGCAGCACACAAAAGCCAACAGGGAUCGCAGAUGUCUACAGUAAAUUCCGACCUGUUAAAAGGGUUUCUCCAUUGAAGCAUCAACCAGAGAGUCCAAAGCUCAAUGAAAGUGAUGAUCAAAAAGAGGAAAAAGAAGAAAAGGAAAAAAAUGGUGAACCAGGAAAAGAUGGUAAUCCUGCAGAUGACGAUGCAUUUAAGAUCAAAAGCAUCGAGUCGAAUGUUUUGCUUGGCGAGCUGGAACAUUAUGACCUAGAUAUGGAUGAGAUUUUGGAUGUGCCUUACAUCAAAUCCAAUCAGCCACUGACACUGUUUACUAAAGUAGCAUCAGAAAAAAGGACCUCCAGUAUACAUCCAGUGUCCAAGGGAAAAAAUGGUCCUGCGAGCCACCUGGAGAACCUGACUGCCAAUGCCACUCAGUUUUGUGUAUUGUCUCCGGUUAAGAACUCCACUCAGUCUACCAUCCUUGAUCAGAGCAGGCAUUCAUCUGGGGGAUUAGAGCUUUCACAGUCUAACAUUCAGUGCGGCUCAGUCCAUGAAGCUGAAUACCAUAACAAGAGCUUUCUCAAUAGGGCUCUGUCUGAUUCCCAUGCCCAGAAGCUUGAAAAGACCAUGCCUAACUGCCAGCUGCGGGCAUUUCACCUGCCGGGAACAGACUCACAACUGGAUGGCGUGAACGGUAAUGUGAACAGGAAUCACUCAGAAGGGGAAGACAUGAAGAAAAUCAAGAGCAUUUUAAAUAUUGUUAAAGAAGGACAGAUAUCCUUACUGCCUCACAUUGCUGUAGAUAACUUAGACCAAAUCCACGAUGAAAAUGGAAACAAUCUUCUGCACAUUGCAGCAUCCUAUGGACAUGCUGAGUGUUUGCAGCAUCUCACUUCACUUAUGGGGGAGGAUUGCUUAAGUGAGAGGAAUGAAGAAAAGCUGACGCCUGCUGGAUUGGCGAUAAAGAUGGGUCAGCUGGAGUGUGUUCGGUGGAUGGUUAGUGAAACUGAAGCCAUUGCUGAGCUAAGUUGUUCGAAGGAUCAUCCUAGCCUUAUCCAUUAUGCAGCCAGCUAUGGUCAGGAAAAAAUACUUCUGUGGCUUCUUCAAUUCAUGCAAGAGCAAGGGAUUUCCUUGGAUGAAACGGACAAAUAUGGGAACAGCGCAGUUAAUAUAGCAUCUCAGAAUGGAUAUCUGGGCUGUGUGCAGACAUUAGUUGAAUAUGGCGCAAAUGUCACCAUUCAGAAUCAUGCUGGAGAGAAACCAUCUCAAAGUGCUGAGCAUCAAGGCCAUAGCAUGUGUGCCCGAUACCUGGUUGUGGUGGAGACUUGCAUGUCAUUGGCAUCACAAGUUGUCAAGCUCACCAAGCAACUUAAAGAGCAGACAGCAGAGCGGAUCACUUUACAGACGCAUCUCCAACAGCUACUGGAAGCCCAGAAGUCCCUGCCAACUUCCCCUAGUUCACCAUCCUCCCCUGCCUCAGGCAGUCUCCCACGGAAGACACUUGAAUUAGAAGAUCUUGCACAGAAAAACAAACUAAAUGGCAUUCAUGAGAGCUAUCAGUCACUAAACACAUCCACUCCGAGCAGACUCAGGUGUAGAGCACUAGAUGAAGAAUCUGAUAAGAUUUUACGGCAAUUAUUAGGAAAGGACUUGGCAGACAAUGUUUCUAAUCCUGAAAAAUUGUCACUGGAGUUCCAGGAUGGGAUAUCAUCCAGGAGUUCUAAAUGGAUCCCACUGGAGAAAAGAGAGUUUAAGCUUGCUCGAUUACGACAACUUAUGCAAAGGUCUCUCAGUGAGUCUGAUACAGACUCCAAUAACUCAGAGGAUCAAAAGCAUACACCUGUUAGAAAAGCUGAUAAGCCAAGACCCCAGCCUAUAGUAGAAAAUGUGGAAAAUUCUGAAGCUCUUGAGCUUAUGAUAAAAAAGCAUACACAGUCAAACACUGCAGGACGACGGUUUGCUUUAGGGCUAAAAUCUAAAUCUGUGGAUGGCCAUAGUCCAUCACCAACAUCUGAAAGUAGUGACCCAGACUAUGAACCUCAGUACCAAACUGGGAGCAUACCCCAGUCUUUAGGUUCAACAGACUCAUCAGGUUCUUCUUCAGCACAGAAGACAACAAGCCCUAAAAGUGCUUUAAAAUCUCCUUCUUCAAAACGUAGGACUUCCCAAAAUCUGAAACUCAGGGUGACUUUUGAAGAGCCUAUUGUUCAAGUGGAACAGACUGAAGUAGAUCUAAAUGAAGGUAAAGACAAAGAUGGCGGAAAGACACAAAAGUCUCAAUCUAAUGGUGAAGUUGGGGAACAUCAUAAAAAACCAUUUGGUGCUUUUCGAUCAAUUAUGGAAACUUUUAGUGGAAAUCAGAACAACAAUAAUAAUCUGCAAUCUUCAAAUCCUGGGAAAACAUCGUCUUCAUCUUCUUCACUGCCAUUUUCCUCAUUAGGGAGAAAGUCAGGAGAUACAAAGACGUCACCUACAAGCAAUAUAAAAGGGAAAAGCAAAAACGAGCCUUACACCUGUUCUGCCAAACUGUCCAAUAAGGCAGUUCUUGAGGAUCUUCUUCCUAAUCAUGCAUGGCAUAAAUCAGUUGGUGGAUCAAUGAAGAUUCUGUUCAGUGAUAUACUUCCUGAAGAACAUGACAUACAAGAAUUUUUCUUAUAAGUCUGACACGAUGAUAAAGAUGUCCAGCAAAAAAUCGUCAGCAGCACCAGCAUAGGCCAUGGGUCUUCCACAUCUACUGUGUCUUUUCUUCUCCGUAUGGAUGUACAGACAAUGAUUUUUCAUGCUGUGGGUACUUUUGAGUAACUGUAGAAUUUAUUUUAUAUGGACCACUUCUUUUCCUACUGGAUGGAAUGGACAGUGAUUGACAGUAUGCCUUGGUUCCAGUUCUAUUAGAACGAGUAAUAUCUUGUUUUACUGUUUUCAUCAGCUUCCGCUAUAAUUACUGUAUAUGAUAUUUAUUGCUGACAACAGGUUCGUCCCAUUGUUACCAAACCAUUUGACCAUCAUUAUGCCCCAUUAUUUUAGCUGGGUUUUGCCAGUUUAAAAAUGUUAUGUAAUGCAAAACCCUCGGAGAAGAGUAUCCAGAGAUUCCCCACAAAAACGCUACUUAUAAGGAAAGUUUUGGCCAAAUUUAAUAUUUUAUAGAAAUGGCCCAAUAGGUCAAUUAUUAUUCUUUUAUUCUCCUUUUUUGAUGCUACUGUAAAGGUCCAUGUCAUGUGGAAAAAAAGAUGGCAGCAGUGGUUGUCAAACCAUAUCUUUCUCAGUCAAUUUAGUAACCACAUGCAUUCCUCGGGUAAUUACUCUGAGGCAUCUAUUCUUAUGACUCUAUGUUGUGCCAUCCCUCUGUUAUUCCUACUAGAAGGUUGUGAUUGAAUUGCCAGCAGUCUGCAAUAAAGGUCCAGCUGGAUGUUACCAGUUGGGAG